CGGACGUGUUUUGAGAGCGGACCACUAAAACCCGGGCUGCAUGGAGCAUGGGGCAAGACGAGGUCAGACGUUCAGCAGGUUAAAUGAGCUAAGCAGAUAGCCAAUGUGGAGAGGCCUGCUGCUGAAGGGCACCACCUGUCUCCUGCAGGUGUCGGCCCAAAGCUUCCUCCAUCACAGACCCGCUUCCUCCCAGUGUUGCAGACUUCUCACCCAUAGGUUCCUCCCCACACUUCGAGAGACAUCAUGCAUCCCGAGGCUUAGAAGUACAUACUUCUUCCAAUCCCACAACCUCACCAGGAAUUAUAAAAAGGAUGCCAAGUCCACUGUAGAGUUCCCUCUAAGUCCCAUCACGGUUACAGACAUCAAGCAGUACUUGCGCACCAAAGACAUUCCCUUCCACGAUGGCUACAGCUGCCUCCACAUCCCAAGCAUCUUCAUGGAUGUGUUCACGAGGAAGGACAGCUUCUCCCUGUUCAUUGACAAAACCACGGGACAGUUUUUGUGCAAGGACUCGCUGGUGGAGGGAAGCUGGGAGGACCUCCAGGACUGUCUGGAGGUGAUGCAGAAGGACGAGCAGGACUCCCUCAGCCCUCAUGUGCUGCUGGGGUAUCCGGAGAGCCUGGAGGAGCAGGAGGAGAGGGAGAGAGAGCAGAGGGAAGUGCGGGAAAUCUGGUCCAGUUCGUUGCCUUUCACAGAUCUCCACGACGAGGAAGCUCAGCUGGUUAAAACCAUGUUCCAGAUCACAAAGAUCUCCAAUGCAACCUUGAAAAAGUUUGGAGUGAGGCUCUUUAAGCCCACCAAGAGUCUGGUUUUCCCCUGGUUUGGUGGUCCCGAUUCCUCCUUGAAGGGGAUCAAACUCGUCUCGGCGCGGAGGACAGACGAUGAGAAAGUCACCUAUAAUGAAGCCACAGUUCCCAAGUGCAGCUCCUACUUUAACUUGUUCGGCCUCGCUCUAGUGAGCCGUAUGGACUCGGAGGUGGUGGUGACAGGGUCCGAGUUGGACACCUUGGCCGUUAGCCAAGGCACAGGGCUCCCCAGCGUGGCUCUGCCCCGUGGGGUCAGUUGCCUUCCACCGGCCCUGUUGCCCUACCUGGAGCAGUUCAAGAGGGUGACCCUGUGGCUGGGGGGCGACAUUCGCUCCUGGGAGGCAUCAAAGAUCUUUUCGCGUAAGCUGGGCCUGCGGCGGUGCAGCCUGGUGCGACCGGGGGAGUUCCAGCCCUGUCCACUGGAGGCGCUCUCCCAAGGAAAAAACUUGUCCCGCAUUGUCAAAGCCUCCAUCCCAGCGGCGCACAAGUCCAUUGUCUCUUUCAAGCAGCUCAGAGAGGAUGUCUACGGAGAGCUGAUGAACACAGAUCAGGUGGCUGGAGUUAAGUGGGCCAGAUUUCCAGAGCUCAACCGGAUCUUAAAGGGACACAGAAAGGGAGAGCUCACAGUUUUCACAGGGCCAACUGGAAGCGGGAAGACCACCUUCAUCAGCGAGUUCGCCCUGGACCUCUGCAUGCAGGGUGUCAACACUCUGUGGGGCAGCUUUGAGAUAAACAACGUGCGUCUAGCUAAGGUCAUGCUGACGCAGUUCGCCAUGCAGAGGCUGGAGGAGAACUUGGAGCAGUACGACUUCUGGGCUGACAGAUUUGAGGAGCUGCCGCUUUACUUUAUGACGUUCCACGGACAGCAAAACAUCAAGGCAGUACUGGACACCAUGCAUCACGCCGUCUACCUCUAUGAUAUCAACCAUGUCAUCAUUGAUAACCUGCAGUUCAUGAUGGGUCAAGAAAACCUCUCAGUAGAUAAAUUUGCCGUCCAGGACCACAUCAUCGGGAUGUUCAGGAAGUUUGCCACCAACAGCAGCUGCCAUGUCACUCUGAUCAUUCACCCCAGGAAAGAGGAGGACGACAAGGAACUGCAGACUGCAUCCAUUUUUGGUUCUGCUAAGGCAAGCCAAGAGGCCGACAACGUCCUCAUUCUGCAGGAGAAGAAGCUGGUGACUUGUCCCGGCCGCAGAUCCCUGCAGGUCACCAAAAACCGGUUCGAUGGAGACGUGGGCAUCUUCCCCCUGGACUUCAUCAAGUCUUCGCUCACCUUUUCAACACCCAUCAAGGGCAAGCACAAGCUGAGGAAGGUCGCCGCCAAGCCGGAAAACGAGGAGGAGGUGCAGAGGAACGAGGUAACUGCAAAGAAGGAUGAAGGGAAGAAGGAAAAAGCGAUGAAAACUGCAAAGGCAGCACAAACGGUUAAACGCCCUGCUAAUGGAAACGAGAAAGUGAAGUAGUGAUGCAAAACAGUGUUGAGAGAAUGAAGUGAGCUCCAGAUUGUUAGCCCUCAAAACUUGAUGAAGCUAAAAAUAGCUACAGCACUGUGCAAAAGUUUUGACUCAUCCCGUAAUAUUUUAUAUACCGCUUGUAAUGGAGCUAAAACAUGAUCUGAUUCCCUGAUCUGUCCUACAAGUUCUCUACAGUCUAAACUCUACAAAAGAUGUACAAUCUCACUUUUUCUGGUUUAAUAAGAUGCAAACUGUCAGAAGUGCAAAUAAGCAUGUUUUUCUAUGUAUAUCAUACAUAUGUUAUUUAAACACCCGCACCACACAGUUACAUCUUAAUCAGUUAGAAUUUAAUUGAAAAGUUAAUUUAGUUUAGUAAUCUGACUCAAAAGGAGAAACGCUCAUAUAGAUUUAUCACAGUGACACAUUUAAGUUUGAUGAUUAUGGCACAUGUCUGACGCACCUAAAAUCGAGGCUCUCACAAAGUCUCAUCACCACGUUUAACAGAAAUAAAUCUUAUUUAGGUCACUCUUGUAUAAUGAAUUUAUAUAUGAGUUUCACUGUUGGUUGUAAAGUUUGGUUGUCAGACUUCUGGGACUCAUUUAAAUCCAGUUUCCAGUCUUGGAUUCCUGAAACUCCACCUAUUGAGGACAAUUCAAAGUCGUUAUUGUUUUCAGGCCAUUGGAGGGAUUUUUUUUUCUUUCUCUUACUACACUUCUUGCAAGUUUUCACUGCAAAUGUGUAGUAGACAUAUUACCUGCGUGUUUGGAUGCUGCUGUAAGACUUGGAAUGGCCCUGAAAAUGUGUGACACUCUUUAUUUUAACUGGAGGAUCACGUUACGAGUGAUCAGCUACUUAACAUUAUCAUUCUCUAAAUUUACAGGAGAUAAUGCACCAGUGUCAUACCUAUCUAGUCAGUCAUAAGUUCAAGGAAUGAUGUUAGUCAAAAUUUGACUUUUGUUGCAGUGUCUCAAGCUUUUCAUUCAUGUAUUUAAUUUACUGUGAAACUAAGGUCCACUGUAUUUUGUUUGCCACUGUCAAUGUUUCCAUUACCAUAAUGUGUUCUCACUCUACUGAUCUUUUGUCAUACACUUUGUAUCAUGAUUUUUAAUAAAGCAGUUUUCU